AUGAGUGUUUCAAAGUUUGAGAUAGAGUUGUUUGAUAGGAAUGUUUAUUUUGGGUUAUGGAAACUUAAGAUGGAGGCUAUCUUGGUGCAAAAUGGGUAUGAGAAAGCUUUGUUAGGGAAGUCCAAGAAACUUCCAAGAAUGUCCAUGGAAGAUUUUGAAGAGAUGGAUUUGAAGGCACUUUCGAUGAUACAUUUGUGUCUAUCUAAUAGUGUACUUAGAGAGUUUAUAAAGGAGGAGACAACGACGGGUCUUUGGUUGAAGCUAGAGUCAUUUAAGCUUCAUGAUCUUCAUCUUGAGGAAGGCAGUUCUCUUAAAUCACAUAUAGAUGAGUUUGAUUCAAUUGUGAUGGAUUUGUGUAUCCUUGUUGUGAAUCUUGAUAAUGAGGACCUUGCGAUAAAAUUGUUGUGCUCCCUACCUAAGGAGUACAAGCAUUUUAGGGAGACAUUUUUGUAUAAGAAAGAUGUGUUGACUCUUGAGGAUGUAAAGGGGGCUUUACUACAAAGGGAGUUGAUCGAGAAUCAAUUGACUAAGAGUGGCAACUACUCACAUGAUGGUGAGGGCCUUGUGGUAAAGGGUAGACCUUAG